ACAAUUAUAAUAAUAAUAAAAUUAAAAAAUAAAUAAACAAAUAAGGUAACUAAACACCCCGAGAUCCAGCGAGCUAAGCUACGGACCCCAAAAACCUCAGAGGUAAAAUUUAUUAGCAUCGUCGUUCGUCUCCUUCCAAACCCUAGAAUAAAAAGCGUGAGGAGUGAGUUGAGUAGAAGAAGAGAAAAGGAACUUCGAAUUUUUGUGCUUUGCUUUCCCGUGAUCUGAAAAAAGUAACACGGCGAACUUGCGAUUUCAUUUUUGAGCUGAUGAUGAUACAUAUUUCAUGAAUCAUUAACUCAUGGAUCCUGAAGGCAAGAAAUUUGGAGGAGGACCGAGGGAACUUAGCGGUGCUGUUGAUCUUAUAAGUCACUAUAAGUUAUUGCCUCACCAUGACUUCUUCUGCAAGAGACCUCUUCCAGUAUCAAUCUCAGAUACACAUUAUCUUCAUAAUGUGGUGGGAGAUACUGAAAUUAGAAAAGGAGAAGGGAUGCAGCUGGACCAGCUUAUUCAGAAUACAUCUCAUAACAGAGACUCUAAUGUCCGUAUACAGCCUUUUGACCUUGAUAUUCUUAAGGAGGCUUUCCAGCUGAGUGAAACCACUCCUGUCGAAUUGCCAGUGAGCGAAAAAGGGAUUCCUACUAUUGCUGGGAAGUCAAAGAGUGAAGCUAAAGAUAAAGACAGGAAGCAUAAAAAGCGCAAGGACAGAGAUAAGGACAAGGAUAAAGAGCAUAAGAAGCACAAGCACCGUCAUAAAGAUAAAGAUCGAAGUAAAGAUAAAGACAAGGAAAAAAGGAAGGAUAGAAGUGGGCAUCAUGAUUCUGGUGCUGAUCACUCAAAAAAGCACCAUGAAAAGAAAAGGAAGCAUGAUGGAGAUGAAGAUCUUAGUGAUGUUCACAGACACAAAAAAAGUAAGCAUAAAAGCUCAAAAAUUGAUGAAGUUGGUGCAAUUAAAGUAGCAGGCUGAAAGGGUGGCUCUCUAGUUCAUAUUGUCUCAGAUGGUUUUCAGAGUAUGGGAGGGUUUGCUUAACGCUCUCUACAUUGGUUGAGAGUAACUUGUAAACUGAGUUAAGAAUGUGUAGAAGGUGAAUCCAUCCAUUGAUGGAUAUCUAAUGCAGGGUAUAGGGCUGCUGAAAAUGGACUUUUUUGUAUCAUAAACAUUGUUGGUAACAUGCAAAACUUUGAUUUUUCUUUCGUCCUUUUUCUAAUUUUGUAGCUGUGCUUGUCGUGUACACAUAAUUUUGUCUGGUUAAAAGUUUAAAACGCCGAGUCCUGAAAUGAAAUACUAUCAGUUUGAUUUAGGGUUUGCAGCUUUUGUUUUGUAGAAAGAAUAGGGCAUAUCGGAGCUGCUGUGUCAUUAUCUUUCCUAUUUGUCAUAACAUCGGCUUGAAGCCAUUUUCUUAUUUGUUUCUUUUCCUUUUAGCAGACAA